AUGGAAGAAUCUCAGAAAAUUCAGCAGCAGAUAACAGAAGAACACAACAUGGUACAGCAAUACACUACUGUGAUCAGGGAGAUCGACCACAUUCCUGUUAACACUUACUGGAGAAUCUUCCAGAAAUAUAUGGUUUACUGGAGUGCCGAGUUCUGUGUGGAUGGAUGGAUCAUCUCAGAUCAUGUUUAUAAUUGUUGGCCUGAGUAUUUUGAGCAGCUGUUUCAGGUGGACCCUCCAGCAAUUAGUUUAGAUACACGGGGUGUCCCAAUCUUUGUGUCUGACCCAACCAUCAGCAAGGAACCUCCUACUGUGACAGAGGCAAGGGAAGUGAUCUCUAGAUUAAGUCUAGGUCCAUUUCCUGGACCUGGUGAGGAGUAUGGUCAUCCCUCUCUGGAAGGGGAAUCACACUCCUCAGUAUACCAGAUUUUUACCAACAUUCUUCUGAAACCGAUCCAUGACCACCACCAGAGACUGCAACUGUCUGGAUUUACUCCUGGCAAGUCCACAACAGUUCACACCCUAGCGCUUCGAGAUAUUAUAUGUUGUGAGUUUAGUUGUGAGCUACUUGCAGCCUACAUCGACCACAAGGUGUUUGAUUCUGUGCAUUGUGAAUCACUGGGAUUGACUGAUUGA